CCAAAAUCUUCCCAUGCUGGACUUAACUGGAAGGGCAGUUUGGAAACCUCGUUUUUGUACAAAAAGGAGGCUCCUGCAGGGCAGGGCUCUCUUUCUGACCCUUGCAUGGAGCAAAAACCAUGAGGGUGCCUCCAGACUCUGGGUGCCAUUUUCCACACUGUUCCUGCAGCUCUUUUGGUUUUCAGCAGCACUUUUGGGGAAUUUGGUGCCGUUUCCAUGAGGUCCUGAGGGCUGUGGGGUUGUGUGAGUAGCUCUGGGCAGCAGCGUGGAUUCCCGGGCUGAUCUCCGUAAGGAUCGAACUGGACACGUAUUUUGGGGCCAGUUUCUCCCCCUCAUCCCAGGCUGGUCUCCUUGUAGGUGUCGUGUCUCUGCGGCUCUGCCCCGUGCCUGCUCUGCGGCUGCUGCCCCUCGGCCAAGAACUCCACCAUCUCCCGCCUCCUCUUCACCUUCUUCCUCUUCUUGGGCACCCUCGUGUCCAUCAUCAUGAUAAUCCCGGGUGUGGAGAAGGAGCUGCACAAGCUGCCCGGUUUCUGUGAGGGCAGUGGGUCGGUGCUGGGGGUCCAGACCAACGUGGACUGCAGCAGUUUCCUGGGGCACAAGGCCGUGUACCGCAUGGGCUUCGCCAUGGCCGCCUUCUUCUUCCUCUUCGCCGUGCUCACGGUGUGCGUGCGCAGCAGCAAGGACCCGCGGGCCGCCCUGCAGAACGGCUUCUGGUUCUUCAAGUUCCUGCUGCUGGUGGGGAUCACGGUGGGCGCCUUCUACAUCCCCGACGGUGCCUUCACCUCAGUCUGGUUCUACUUCGGUGUGGUCGGCUCCUUCCUCUUCAUCCUCAUCCAGCUGGUGCUCCUCAUCGACCUGGCGCACUCCUGGAGCCAGCGCUGGCUGCGCAACGUGGACGAGGGCAACGCCAAGGGCUGGUACGCAGCCCUGUGCACCGUCACCUUCAUCUUCUACGCCGCCUCCAUCGCGGCCGUUGCGCUGCUCUACGUCUACUACACCAAGCCCGAGGGCUGCACGGAGGGCAAGGCCUUCAUCAGCAUCAACCUCAUCCUCUGCCUCCUCGUCUCGGUGGUGUCUAUCCUGCCCAAGAUCCAGGAGGCUCAGCCACACUCGGGGCUGCUGCAGGCAUCCCUCAUCACCCUCUACACCAUCUACGUCACCUGGUCUGCCCUGGCCAACGUGCCAACCCGGCGCUGUAACCCCACGCUGCUGCUGAGGAACAGCACUGGCUCAGCCACGGCCACCGAGCCUCCCACAACCUGGUGGGACGCGCCGAGCAUCGUGGGGCUGGUGAUCUUCAUCCUCUGCAGCCUCUUCAUCAGCCUGCGCUCCUCGGACCACCCGCAGGUGAACAAGCUGAUGCUGACGGAGGAGAGCGGGGCCGGGGCCGGGCCGGGAGCGGCGGAGGAG